AUGAGACUGUCGGCUGGAACCCGCAGAAUUGUCCAGCGGCAGCCCCAGAGCACAUCUGCACAACAACCCGUGUGGGCAAGGAACACAGACCACAGCACUCUGCAAAGCCCAGGCUGCAUUUACGAGUGGUGGUUUUCAGCUCUGUACCCAGCAGUCCCUCAGCAGGGUCACCGAGCACAGCUUGUUAAAGCUCUCCUUCUUAGGCUGCAGCAUCUUGCCAGGAGCUCUGCCCGCACAGCGCUGCCAGCGGCUGCUCCUGGGGCACCGGGGCUCCUGCUCAGGGCCGCACCGAGCUCGGCCCCGCGCCAGCCCCGCAAGGCCGCACCGAGCUCGGCCCCACGCCAGCCCCGCAGGGCCGCACCGAGCUCGGCCACUGCCCAGCACAGCCCGCCACGGACAUCCCCCUCCUCAGGGACACAGCUGCUCUCAGUGUCCCCAUGGUGUUCCCCACCCCUCCUCAGGGAUACAGCUGCCCUCUGCGUCCCCGUGGUGUCCCCCACCCCUCCUCAGGGAUACAGCCGCCCUCUGCGUCCCCGUGGUGUCCCCCACCCCUCCUCAGGGAUACAGCCGCCCUCCGUGUCCCCGUGGUGUCCCCCACCCCUCCUCAGGGAUACAGCUGCUCUCAGUGUCCCCGUGGUGUCCCCAAGCCCUCCUCAGGGAUACAGCUGCUCUCAGUGUCCCCGUGGUGUCCCCAAGCCCUCCUGCCAUGGUAGCCACUCCUCAGCGCUGCUCCCCUGGCCUGUGCUCACUCUGCCACACACAUUUCCCAGGCCUGGAGCAGCACUCAGUGGCACAUCAGUGAUUACUGUUUGA